AUGGGCGGUGGCCCAUUUACUUCCUUCUGUGCUGUCCAUUCACAUCGAGUUCCGUCUCUGGGUGGCUAUGAUAGUGACAGUACAUACCGUCAUCACAUCAUUAUAUUUACCAUUGGAUGUUUCAGUGGGACAGUGUUUGGAGGUCUGCACUGUCUGGGCUGGAAUGCUUUGUUUCAGGGGCACACAGAGAAAAUACUAUGGUGUGCGGCUUCCCUUGUGAUAGUAUCCAUACCAGUAUCUAUUGUCUUGUUGGCUAGCUAUAUCCAUUGGCUGCAUGAUUUGGAUGAUCUUCGCAAUGAUAUUGCACAAUCAGCUUUACUCGCUAGCCUUUUCGUAUAUAUUGUUGCACGCGUUACACUGAUUGUACUUAUAUUGAUGAGUUUUGGAUCGUUACCUCCUGGCAUAUACCGCACAGUAGCUUGGACUGAGUUUAUUCCACACUUGUAG